GCGGUCCACAGACAGAGACCUACCACGUUUUGUGUAAUGCUCGCCCAUAUACACAGAGUAGUGAAGUGUGCAGCACGUUUUACGGAUUUACUGGUGUUUUACAUUCCAUCUGCGGGACGCGUAUAAAAGCCAUGGCCGAACCGAUUCGUGCGUUAUGCGAUGAGCUUAUAAAGGCUGUGAAUGUGAUGAUGGAGGCAGAAUCAAGCCAAACAUACCGCCUGGAGGCCCUUAAGUUUAUUGAAGAUUUCAAAGAGAAAAGUCCCUUCUGUGUUGAAUGUGGUCUUCAGUUAGCAGAAAAAUCACAGACUGCAGUGGUCAGACACUUUGGGCUGCAGAUCCUGGAGCAUGUAGUCAAGUUUAAGUGGAAUGACAUGGCACCACAAGAAAAGCUCCAGCUGAAAAACUGCACUAUGGGCCUGUUAUCAGAUGGUACACAUCCAAUUCUGCAAGAGGAAUGUCAUGUUAAGGAUGCCCUGUCACGCAUAGCAGUUGAGAUGAUCAAGAGAGAGUGGCCGCAGCAUUGGCCUGACAUGCUGAAGGAGAUGGAGGCCCUGACUGCUAUGGGGGACACUCAGACGGAACUUGUAAUGCUUGUGCUACUUCGGUUAGCUGAGGACGUGAUCACAUUUCAGACAUUACCCACUCAAAGACGACGAGAUAUCCAGCACACCCUUACACAGAAUAUGGACAGCAUCUUCACCUUCCUGGUUGGCAUACUGCAGCUUCAUGUGAAUGAGUACAAGAAGUUGAACUGCAUUGCUGGUCAGGAAUUGAAGGCAAAAGCUCACUGGCGAGUUGGUGUGGCCACUCUCAAUACUCUGGCUGGCUACAUUGAUUGGGUUGCUCUGGUCCACAUCACCAGUGAUAACUGCCGCCUUUUGGAAAUCUUCUGCCUGUUGCUGAGCGAACCUGAGCUUCAGUUGGAGGCUGCAGAGUGUCUACUAAUUGCCAUUAGUAGGAAAGGAAAGUUAGAGGAGAGGAAGCCAUUCAUGGUACUCUUUGAUGAAGUUGCCAUGAACUACAUCCUGUCUGCUGCACAGUCAGCAGGUGGUGCAGCUCUGUGUAACCAAUCAUCAGGUGGCAUUGUGGAAAGAAGAUACACUUUUUUGAAGAGGCUGUGUCAGGUUCUCUGUGCCCUGGGUAGCCAAAUCUGUUCUCUAGUGGGUUCAGAUAUUGAUGUACAAGUUCCUGUGAACCUGGAUAAAUUCAUGGAAGCACUUUUUGCCUUCACUACUCAUCCUAGCCAGUUUCUUAGGUCGUCCACACAAAUGACCUGGGGAAACCUAUUCCGACAUGAAAUUUUAUCAAAGGAUCCUGUAGUUGGCCAGAUUGCGAUAAAAUAUUUAAGAGCAGCAAGGAUCAAUCUCGUUAAAACUGGAUUUCCUUCCAAGAAUGAUUGUCCUGGUUGUGAAUUCUCCAGGGUGGACUUUGAUAGUGAUGAAGAUUUCAACUGCUCCUUUAAUUGUUUUAGGGCUCAGCAGGGGGAAGCAGUUCGUCUGGCUUGUAAAAUCGUCCCAUUUGAGGCCUUCCAAAUUGCAAGGGAAUGGAUGCAGUAUCAGAUCUGCACACCUAUAGAUACUGGAAAUACAACAUCUAAAACAGAGAAGGGUCUCUGCCGGUCUCCGUCGGUGGUUCAGUGGGAUGCCAUGACUUUCUUCACUGAAAGUGUGUUCGGACAGCUCUUCAAAAUCCUUGAAAAGGAGAAAAUUCCCAUAGAUGAGGGCAUGGAGCUGCUGCAUAUGGUUGUAAACUAUGAGACAAGAGAUCCUCUCAUUCAGUCCUGUGUUCUUACCAUCAUAUCCACUCUCUUUCCCUUUGUCACACACCAACCUCACUUCCUACCUCAAGUUCUCUUUAAGAUAUUUCCUUCCAUCACAUUUGAAUUGGUUGAAGAGUGCAAGGCACCUCGAACUCGAGCUGUUAAGAAUGUCAGAAGACAUGCCUGUUCUUCCAUCAUAAGGAUAUGUCGAGAUUAUUCCGAUUUUAUGCUGCCGUGCUUUGACAUGAUGUAUGAGCAUGUGAAGAGGUUGUUCUCUAAUGAGCUGCUGCUGACACAAAUGGAAAAGUGUGCUCUUAUGGAAGCCCUGAUACUAAUCAGCAAUCAGUUUAAAGAUUAUAACAAGCAGAAAGCUUUCCUGAAGGAACUCAUGGCUCCUGUUACUGCACAGUGGCUGUCAGAGGAGAUGAGCAGUGUGUUAUUAGACCCUGCUACCUUCUUGGCAUAUGUUGGUGCUGAUCAGGUGGUCAGUGACCCUGACACAGAAGAUCAGAUGGGUAUCAACAGGUCACGGAUUAGUUUUUGUGUAAACACCAUGCUUGGGGUUGUAAAGCGUGCCCGUUGGCCUGCUAAUUCUGAGGAGGCAAAAGCAGGAGGCUUUGUGGUCAGCACAACUUCUGAUGGGGCCCUCAUCUACAGAAGCCCUUGUGUUGAGCCCCUGCAGGCCUUGCUGCCCAACCUUUUUGCUCUCAUCAGGACGCAAAAUAGCUUAUUCUUGCCAGAGAACAUCAACCGACUUAGCAAGACUUUUACUGGGGUCUAUGAUAUUACGGACGUGGAGAAGAAUUUUGCUCUAGGAAUUCCUCAACCAGUUUUAGAAGGCUACGACUCUUCAGCAUACAGAAACAUUGCUGAACGGAUGCAAGGCUUCUUCUCCUCACUCUAUGAUAACUGUUACCACGUGCUUGGGAAUGCAGGUCCCUGCAUGCAGCAAGACUUCUAUGCAAUAGAAGGCUUAGCAGAGCAGAUUAUUGGUUCUGCGUUUAUCCAUCUAGACAGUGUUCCAGACCACAGGCUCCGCCCCCUUGUUCGUCUGUUCAUAAAGCAGCUGGUCAUGUCCUGUCCUCAAAAUUAUUAUGACAGCCUCCUCUGUCCUUUGCUGGGCCCACUGUUUGCCUAUCUGCUGCAGAGACUGAACUUUCGGUGGCAGAUCAUUAACCAACGGACCAGCCUGUGUGCUCAGGAAGAGGACGAGGCCUAUGAAGAGAACCAUGUGACUCAGGAAGUGGUGGAGGAGCAGCUGUUGCGUUUGGUCACACGUGAAGUUAUGGACCUUCUAAGUGUGACUUGCAUUACAAGAAAAAAUCCAGAGGUAUCUGCAAACAAAGAGGAAGUAGAUGGUGACGAAGAGAUGGUGUCGAUGGACUCCUCACAGGGAAUUCAAAUAAAUGCAUCCUCUGAUGAGCUCUCAGAAUUGGGCAAGUGCCUUCUCCAGAGUGAGGAUAUGUAUAUGACUCUCCUGACUAUAUGUUUUAACUCCCUUUCCUGGAAGGACACUAUAAACUGUCAACGGAGUGCUAGUGUGCUUUGCUGGACUUUGCUAAAACAGGUGCUUGGCUGUAACCUGCUCCCGGAGGCUGUGACAUGGCUGUACUCCAGUGUACUGAAGGGUCUGCAGAUGCAUGGGCAACACGAAGGCUGCAAUGCUGCGCUAACUCAGCUGGCCUUGCUCAUCUAUGAGUCUCUAAGGCCUCGAUACGCUGAGCUGCGUUUCAUCAUGAAUCAAAUUCCUGAUAUCCAUGUUGAGGCCUUGGAGCAGUUUGAUCAGAAGACCAUACAAUCCACUGUAUCAAAGGCAGGAGAGAAGAAAAAGAAGGAGCAGUUUAAAAGGCUCAUUGCAGGCACUGUUGGGGUAUGGCUACUUUUCUUUACUUUAUUUACAUUGUCACCUGUGCACAUCAUAUUGCAUGUGAUCUAGUUAUUUUUCAUUUUUGAUAAUGUUGUUUAAUAUUGUUAUUGUCUGUCUGUCUGUCAAAUCAAUGAAUCAUGAAAGAGGCACUUUUAUCUUAGUCCUGUAAGGUCAAGUUAAGUACUGGUGUUAUGAGAUGCUAUGAGGUGCUAAAAUAAGCAAAUUUAAAUUUUUGUUCAUAACUCUGGGAUCGUAUGAUUAGAAGAGAAAAAGAGAAAAUGUCUGAUUUAAUUUCCCUUUAUAAAACUUGUUUGCCUUAAAUUCUUCUAUAACCAGAGUAAGAGGUUAGUAAAGUACAAAGAUGUUGAUGUCCCUAUAAGUACUUUACUCGUACUGCGUCUGCUAAGACGCUAUGGGGAAAACUCCUUUUUCACCGAUGACUGAAGCCUUUUCAAUAACGCAGUGUAACUGCAUGGCCAUUAGUUCGUGCAGUGAGUUAAAAACAAACAAAUGGCAAAUGAGCCUUUGGUGACAAAACUCGGCAGAAUGGGCGGGGCCAUCUGGCUAUAUAAGUAGGCAUAACGCGGUAGGAUCUUCCCAUUUCUCAGUCUGCAGCUCGCUCACAGCUUCACCGAAAGAGUCUGUCCCUACUUCGCUCACGGCUUCCCUUCUAUGAAGGUUGCCCUGCCUCUCCUGGUUGUUUUAUUUCUCUCGAAAUUUGCUGUGUGUGUGCCUGUGAUUUCACGUGCUGAAAUGAGGAAGCGCCUCCCCGUUUAUAUUUGAAAAAGCAACACACGCAGAGCAUCUUCCAUUCUAAUGAAAUGCAAUGACAAGCCUUUCUAUACCUGUUGUCCUACAAAAGAGAACAUUAUAACUUAUUUUUACUUCACAGCAUUCGAGUAUUUGAAAUAACUUCCUUUUGUGAUCUGAUGUGGCUUCUUACCAUAGAAUGAGGCAGACAAUAUAUUCUACACUGUAUGUCGAUUAUGGCUUACAAAAUAGAAGAACUUUCAAAUACCCGAGAUGGCUUGAAGAACACAGAUAAACCAUAUAUUACUGCAGACGUGUUUAUUGGCCUUACAUUAAAUCAUUUAAAACGUUUAACAUUAUAUAUUGUUUUUAUUCAGUUACAGCAGUAGCCAUACCUUUCUCCAUAUUAGAGAAGCUGGAACGGAAUGUAAUCAGUGCUACUUCUUUGACGCAUAUGUCUAUUUUCUGCUUGAGGGCGCCCUCUGGCGUCCAGUAUGAAUGAAACCCAUCCUAUUUUGCGUAAAAAUCAGAAAAAUAAUACCUCUCUGAAAAGAAUAUUAAGCAGACAUGUAGUAAUCCACGCUUUUUCCAGUGUACAGAGGUUUACAGAAGUAUUUUGUUGUUAAUUAGAUGCAAAAAACCACUUUGAUGUGGCAAGCUAUCAGAACCAAACUGAACCGAACCGAAAACUGUGGUUAAAAACCGAGGUACGUAUUGAACC